GAGCGCGGGCGCGCGCGCGAGAGAGAGAGUGCACGAGACUGAAGGGCUUUAUGGAUCUGUUUGCUGUAUAAUCCUGGAGGGAAGAGCGAAACCGCCAUCUGUUUCCUCCAAAUGAGCUCAAGAUAGAGGCACAUCAUCCUCAUCAUCCUCAUCAUCUUCAUCAUCUGCUGUGGUGUGCAGAGAGAGAGAGAGGGGAAGCGAUCCGGACGGGUUCAGCUGAUCAGCGCGAGGAGAGACUGCUCGGGACUGCACCGGACCUGAAUGUUCUGUUGAAGUAUCUACAGGUGUUCUUUAGGAACAGAGCCCUGAAGAGUGUCGGAGUGACUCCUGACCUUCAUCAGUAGCCUCACCCGGCGUCAUCAUCAUCAUCCUCAUCAGCAUCAGGACCGAAACGCGUUUGUGCCGUAGUGAGUGUCCCUGGCGGGCCGCCGUGGCGAUGGGCGAGAACAUGUCGAAGCGGCUGAAGCUCGUCACAGGCUCCGAGUCUGAGAUGGAGGAGCGCAGCUUCAUCAACCCGUUCCCGGACCGGGAGCACCGGGAGCACCGGGAGCACCGGGAGCAGGGCCUCUCCGGGACCCCGAGCGCUGCGGAGCACAGCGGCGCGAACGAGCCGCUCGACGCCGGCGGGAAGAUCAGUGACGCCUUUCAGAAGAAAGUGCAAAGCAAGAUCAAAGAUCUUCUUCAGCAGAUGGAGGAGGGCCUGAAGACUGCAGAUCCACAUGAUUUCUCCACCUACACAGGCUGGACAGGCAUAGCCCUGCUGUACCUGCAGCUGUAUCGAGUGAUGCAGGAGGCCUCGCACCUGCAGCGGGCUCUGGAUUACGUCAAGCGCGCGCUGAGGAACCUGAACGGACGGCGCGUCACCUUCCUGUGUGGAGACGGUGGGCCUCUAGCCGUAGGUGCAGUCGUUCACCACCACUUGAAGAACCAGACCGAGUCCCAGGAGUGCCUAACCAAACUGCUCCAGCUCCAGCGUUCAGUGCUCAGCCCAGACUCAGACAUUCCUGAUGAGCUCCUGUACGGACGAGCCGGAUACCUCUACGCCCUGCUGUACGUCAGCAAAGAAAUCGGGCCAGACGCGGUGGACGAGACCACCAUCGCCAAGGUGGUGACGGCUAUCCUGGAGUCUGGGAAGAACUUGUCUAAAGAGGAGAAGAAAGCCGAGCGCUGUCCGCUGCUGUACGAGUGGCAUAAGAAGCAGUAUGUGGGAGCAGCUCAUGGUCUGGCAGGCAUUUACUACAUGCUCCUGCAGCCGAGUGCUAAAGUCAGUCAGGACACUCUGAAUGAGCUGCUCCGGCCCAGUGUGGAUUACGUGCGGCACAAGAAGUUCCGGUCGGGCAAUUACCCAUCAUCCCUCAGCAACGAGACGGACAGACUGGUGCACUGGUGCCACGGAGCUCCUGGAGUGCUGCAUAUGCUCAUCAUGGCUUAUAAAGUCUUCAGAGAUGAGAAGUACCUGCGAGACGCGGCUGAGUGUGGAGAGGUGAUCUGGCAGAGAGGUUUACUGAGGAAGGGUUAUGGACUCUGUCACGGCACGGCGGGGAACGGAUACGCCUUCCUCUCGCUCUACCACGCCACACAGGACAAGAAAUACCUGUACCGUGCCUGCAAGUUUGCUGAAUGGUGUCUAGACUACGGGACCCACGGCUGCCGUAUUCCUGACCGGCCUUACUCCCUUUUUGAAGGUAUGGCAGGAGCCAUCCAUUAUCUCUCAGAUGUCAUUCAGCCGGAGGGCUCCUGCUUCCCUGCUUUUGAACUUUGACCUGUGCGUUUGGAAGCAUAGACUGUUACUCCUUGUUAGGAGCUUUACGUGCUUUUACAUGCUGGUGCAGUCACAUCGCUCCGGAUGGACCCUUUAAAAUGAAGAAGACGAUUUCUUCCUCCACAUGGACGCAAAAAACCCAACCUUCAGCCUAUAAUUUCAAAGAACGCCGCCUUGAGUUCAGUCGUCGUAGCUUGUAGUCUUUAUCAGUAUGCGUCUGUUUUCUUUUGUAUAGUAUUUUAUGUUUUGGUUUAUAUCUUUAUAUCUUACAGCACAGCAGUGUUUCUUGCAUCUGCAUGCUUGUUGGUGAAUAGCAGUGCCUCGAUACGAUUGUCUGUGGCGCUCUGGAGCGUGUGUCUCAUGUGAACGCAGUCUGCGUUGUCUUUGUCUUUGCAUGAGGCUGGCAGCACGUGCUCAUGUGGGAAUGUGCCGGUUUAUGUGUCGCUUUAGGUAAAUUUAUCCAGCUUCCAACACGGUGUGGUUGUCAUGUAUGUACUGUGUGUAUGUCAACGUUUUGUUCCAGUCGCUGUCGGUAAAUGUCUUGAUGAAAGAAAGAAUCCAUUAUACCUGAAUGAAUGAUCUGGUAAAUAUCGUUUCCUCAGGCAAAAUGUGUUAUGAAUGUCACAAUAAACUGGGCUUUUUCUGAA